AUGGCAAGCAUGACCGGCCGACGUAAGCAUUGGGAAUCUGAGGCACUCUCUCUCAGGAGAGUCGCCUUCUUCGGUGUGGCCCUUUCCACCGUGGCCACACUCAUCUGCGUGAUCUCCGUGCCAAUGCUUUACAACUACAUGCAGCACAUGCAGUCGGUCAUGCAAAACGAGGUCGACUUCUGCAAAUCCCGCUCUGGAAACAUCUGGAGAGAAGUCACUCGUACCCAGACCCUCGUUGGAUCCACAAGGAAAGCCCGUCAGGCCGGUGGUGGAUGCUGCGGAUGUGGUGUUUCUCCUGCUGGACCACCCGGACCACCUGGACAAGACGGAGAACCUGGAGCCGAUGGUCAGCCUGGCCAGCCUGGUAGAGAUGGACCCGAUGGGCCACCAGCAACACCACCUCCCAACCCUCCCGCUCCAUGCUUCAACUGCCCUGCUGGUCCUCCAGGACCAGCUGGAAACCCAGGAGGCAAGGGACAACCAGGAAACCCAGGACAAGAUGGCCAGCCAGGAAAUCCUGGACAGCCAGGAGGUGCAGGUCAGCCUGGACCACCAGGACCACCUGGAAACCCCGGUCAGCCUGGAAACCCUGGAUCGCCAGGAGCCCCAGGACAACUCACCACAGUUCCCGGCUCACAGGGACCACCUGGACCAGCUGGACCUCCAGGACCUCCUGGACCCGAUGGUCAGCCAGGAGCACCUGGAAACCCAGGACAAGAUGGUGCACCAGGACAGCCAGGAGACAAUGGACAGCCUGGUGGUCCAGGACAGCCAGGAGGUGACGGAACUGAUGGAGAAGACGGUGACGGUGGAGCUCCAGGAGGCUGCGACCACUGCCCACCUCCUCGCACUGCUCCAGGAUAUUGA